CUCUGAUCACUGAUGAAAUGUCUGCAUCGUAGUAUACUGGACUGCAGUCUACCACGCCGCCACGCGCCUAACAACUCAAACACCACAGCCUCGGCGACUAGACCAGCUCGUGCGAAGGUGGCUAUUAGCGGCGGCGGAUGCAUCCAGAUCUGUAAAGAUCUGGAUAUACGCAGUGGCUAACUCCGCGACCCUGAACGGUGCGACGUCAUGUUUGUGGUGGAGCUUUGCUUUGUCCAACGAAGAACUUUUCGAUUACAGAUACGUGCGUUGACUCUCAUAUAUAGCAGCCUCCGCUCGACUUCUCCAGACCUUAUCUCAUUCCCAACACCACUCGACUAUAUACACUAAAAGUUUUACCGUUUUUGUCACCUGAAAAGGCAUCACAUUACAUCAUGCCUACAUUCACCGUUUAUAAGGGCUCCAAGGAGGGCAAGAUCGUUAAGAGCGAGACCACGAAGGGCGACCUCCAGAAUGACCAGGUCCUCGUCAGGGUCACUGCCUCUGGCCUCUGCGGUACAGAUGAGCACUUCAAGUCUGCCGACAUGGUCCUCGGGCACGAGGGUGCCGGUGUCGUUGAGGAGACAGGACCCAACGUCAACGACCUGAAGAAGGGCGACCGCGUCGGAUGGGGAUACCAGCACGACUGCUGCGGUAACUGCGAUUACUGUCUUUCUGGCCGCGAGACGUACUGCUCUAAGCGCCAGAUGUAUGGUUAUGCCGACCGCGACCAGGGUUCUUUCGCUUCUCACGCUGUGUGGAGGGAGGCGUUCCUGUUCAAGAUCCCCGAGGGUCUCAGCGAUUCUGACGCCGCUCCCCUAAUGUGCGGUGGAGCAACCGUAUUCAACGCCCUGCACACAUACGGCAUCAAGCCCACCGACCGCGUCGGUGUCAUGGGUGUCGGCGGUCUUGGCCACUUGGCCAUCCAGUUUGCUGCCCGCAUGGGCUGCGACGUCGUCGUCUUCUCCGGAACCGAAGGCAAGAAGGAGGAGGCCAUCAAGCUGGGAGCCAAGGAGUUCAUCGCCAUGAAGGGCAAGGAUAAGAUCGACAUCAGCCGCAAGGUCGACGCUCUCCUCGUCACUUCUUCCGUCUCGCCCGACUGGAAGCUUAUGCUUCCCAUCAUGGCACCCACAGGAAAGAUCUUCCCUCUCACGGUCGACUCUGGCGACUUCAAGAUCCCUCACAUGGGUCUUGUUGGUAACGGUCUUACUGUUCAGGGUCUCGUCGUUGCUGCGCGAUCGGUUCACCGGCACAUGCUUGAGUUCGCUGCUCUGCACGACAUCAAGCCCAUCGUUAUGGAGUUCCCAAUGACUGAGGAUGGUAUCACUGAUGCUAUGUCCGUAUUGAGGGAUGGCAAGAUGAGGUACCGUGGUGUUCUCAAACCCCAGUAGAGUGUGGGCUGGCGAGGAAAGCAUUCAAUAAGUUUGGUUUAGCGUAGCAUUAGAGGGCGUAUAGUUGAGCGUCUUAUGCCAAUAGAUUAACAGAUAUGAUCAUAAAUAUUGUAUUGC